AUGUUUUCUUCGAGGCGAAUAACGUCUGUGAAAAUGAUGGAAAGCAAUUCUAAACGCUCAUUUAUAAAAGCAAACAUCCUCAAAUCCUACACAGGAAGUAUUUCCCGUCAUGUAACCAUAAUGUUUGUUGGUAAUACACCUACCCAAGCAUAUUACCAAAAAUGGCACCUGAAAGGACCUGCAUGUAAUAGAACAAUAAAGUCAGCAUCACAGAUCAAGCUGAAGUAUUUGAGAAAUCUCAUAGGAGCAAGAAGGGAUAUAAAAAAAAAAAAAGAAAGAAGAAAACAAUUGUAGAGCAAAAUAAGGAAAGAAGUGAUUUCAGUGAUUGGUAUAAACGUGAUGUGAUUGAAAUAGAAAGGAAAAUCAUGGAGAAUAUUGCAAAAAAGAAAUCAGUUGAAAACCAUGUUUAUUCAGUGUUGUCCAGAUACAAGAAGAAAUCUGGCUUGUUUUUACAUUUGAGAUAUAAAACAGAGUAUGAAAGAAGGGAGAAAGGACUAGAUCAUGACAAAGAAGUAUUAAAACCAAGAUUCCAGGCAGGUACUGAGUCAAUUUGGAGGCCACAAAUAUCAACUGAGUCAAAGGAUGAUUCAUGCAGCAGCAGCCCAUCUGACCAGUCAUUCCGGAAUGAAAAGAUUAUCAUUCCUUUAUUGAAAAAGCAGAAUUAUUUGGAAGUUGAGCAGUGUUCUAAUGAAUGGAGAGCACUAAGAGUUGGGAUUAUCACUGCAAGCAAGGUUCCAUCUCUCCUAGGAUUUAAUGGUGUGAAAGAGUUUGACAAUGGAUGGUUUGCAAUAAAGAACAGAAUUGAUGAACAUGUUUUAAAUCCAAAAAGGAAUAAAUUACCAAAUUUUAUUAGAGGCAAGCAACAGGAACAAAAUGCAAUACAACAAUUUCAAAAUGACCGUAAAAUGGGUGUCUCUCAGUGUGGGUACUUCAAACAUCCUUCUGAUAGCAGAUUUGGAGCCAGUCCUGAUGGAGUGAGCACUGGGCGGCAGCAGUUUUUGGUUGAAAUAAAAACCUGA